GAUCCAACCCGACAAAGCAAAGCGCAGCGCAGCGAAGGCUUUGGUUCCGCGACCGCGACCUCGAUUCGGAACGAAGCUAGGGUUUAGGCUUUCGCAGCGAAUCGAGGAGGGGGGAGGGAGUAGGAGCGGCGGCGGCGAUGGCGGCGGAGGAGGACAUGGCGGUGAAGGAGCCGCUGGAUCUGAUACGGCUCAGCCUUGACGAGCGCAUCUACGUCAAGCUCCGCUCCGAGCGCGAGCUCCGCGGCAAGCUCCAUGCAUAUGAUCAGCAUCUCAAUAUGAUACUUGGAGAUGUCGAAGAGACAGUGACUAGUGUAGAAAUUGAUGAUGAGACUUAUGAGGAGAUCGUUCGCACGAGCAAACGCACUGUCCCCUUUCUUUUUGUCCGAGGAGAUGGUGUAAUACUGGUUUCCCCACCCUUGCGGACGGUGUGAACGUUGGGGCGGUGCAUUCUGCAGUCCUACGGGGAAGUUUUAUUGGGAGAAGCAAACGGCUGGUUUCUGAGAUGGACAGGUUAAGACAGGAGCAUUGUGCUUCAACUAUGGCUGUGUAUUUGAAUCCACCUCCCAGUUUGGUCAGCUUAAUCUUAUCCUGUUAUCGGCUCGGUAAAGUACGGCGAACGAGAAUCACAUGAUCCAUCGUUCCAUUA